ACUGAGCAGAGCAGUCGACAUAGACGCGAAGUUACCUCACUCGUCCUCACAACAGCAUCUCACCUUCAAGCGGCCCUACCCACCAUCAGACGAAAACAAGACAACAUCGCGCAUACCGAGGAAAUAUUGACAAACUGAAAUUUAACGGAGGUAUUAAGGAGCAAUACAGUGUUGCGUUAAAUAUGUAGCCUAUCCCAAUGCGAUUUUAUUUAGAUUUCCAUUCAUAACGGACCUGUUCUGCGGCAAGCUCAACAAACAAUUGUAACGUAAAAAUAAGAUAUUUCAGCCGGAAAUCGGGCUGCGUUUUUUUCAAGCAUCACCAUUUAAAGCAUAUCGAGAAAGGACGCAGUUUGCAUUUCCGUUACUUAUUUGACGCUCGACUGGGCCUGCCAGAUUCUCAACAAGCCUUUCACCAGCACAUCAGUUGAAUUUGCGCAAUGGCCGAUGCUCCUACAGAGUGUAACAUAAAAGUGCUCUGUCGCUUUCGCCCUCUGAAUCAAUCCGAAAUACUGCGUGGAGAUCAAUUCAUCCCCAAAUUCCUUGGAGAUGACACCGUGUCAGUUGGGGGGAGGUCCUACAUGUUCGACCGGGUGUUUCCCACCAACACCACCCAGGAGCAGGUCUACAACACCUGCGCCAAGCAGAUCGUCAAGGAUGUGCUGGGAGGGUACAAUGGGACUAUCUUCGCAUAUGGACAGACCGCCUCCGGGAAAACCCACACCAUGGAGGGGAAGCUGCAUGAUCCCAACCAGAUGGGUAUCAUUCCCAGGAUCGCUGAAGAUAUCUUCAACCACAUCUUUGCCAUGGAUGAGAACCUUGAGUUCCAUAUCAAGGUUUCCUACUUUGAGAUCUACAUGGAUAAGAUUCGUGACCUCCUGGAUGUGACGAAGACCAACUUGGCGGUCCACGAGGACAAGAAUAGGGUUCCGUAUGUGAAGGGCUGCACCGAGCGCUUCGUCUCCAGCCCUGAUGAGGUCAUGGAUGUCAUUGACGAGGGCAAGUCCAACCGCCAUGUGGCCGUGACCAACAUGAACGAGCACAGCUCCCGCAGUCACAGCAUCUUCCUGAUCAACAUCAAGCAGGAGCACGUGGAGACGGAGCAGAAGCUGUGUGGGAAACUGUACCUGGUGGACCUGGCUGGCAGCGAGAAGGUCAGUAAGACCGGUGCGGCAGGAUCAGUCCUGGAUGAGGCCAAGAACAUUAACAAGUCUCUGUCUGCCCUGGGCAACGUCAUCUCCGCCCUGGCGGAGGGCACGAAGACCCAUGUCCCAUACAGGGACAGUAAGAUGACUCGUAUCCUUCAGGACUCCCUCGGGGGGAACUGCAGGACCACCAUGUUCAUCUGCUGUUCCCCUUCAUCCUACAAUGAUGCUGAGACCAAGUCCACGCUCAUGUUCGGACAACGACUGCUGGAGGAGAGCCACGACUCCCUCAGCGAGGAGCUGGCCAAGCUUCUCUCUCUCUCUCUCUCUCUCUCUCUCUCUUCACCAGAUAACUCUCUGAUCGAGGAGAAGGAUGGGGAGAAGGGCGAGAUGGAGGACGGAAACGUCAAGGAGAGGUCUCGCCAGCAGGGAGAGACCCACCGUGGCCUCCACCACAAGCAGCUGGCGCGCCUGCGCGAUGAGAUCAACGAGAAGCAGAGGGUCAUCGACGACCUCACUGAUCGUAACCUGAAGCUGGAGGUGGAGCUGGCCCAGGUGUGCGCCGACUUUGACCGUCUGAAGAGCCAGGACAACACCAAGAGCGAGCGUCUGGAGGAGCUGUCCUUUCUCCAUGAGCGUCAUGAGCAGACCAAACAGGACCUCAAAGGUCUGGAGGACACUGUGGCCCGCGAGCUCCAGACCCUCCACAACCUGCGCAAGCUGUUCGUUCAAGACCUCACGUCGCGGGUUAAAAAAAGUUCCGAAAUGGAGCCUGAUGACAGUGGGGGGUCUUGCACCCAGAAACAGAAGAUUUCCUUUCUUGAGAAUAACCUGGACCAACUUACAAAGGUUCACAAACAGCUGGUUCGUGACAAUGCAGAUCUGCGCUGUGAGCUUCCAAAGCUGGAGAAGCGUCUGCGGUCUACUGCUGAGAGAGUUGAGGCCCUGGAGACGGCACUGAGGGACGCCAAGGAGGGCGCCAUGAUCGACCGCCGGCGCUACCAGCAGGAGGUCGACCGCAUCAAGGACGCCAUGAGGGUCAAGAACGCGCUGAGGCGCCCCCAUGCCGCGCAGAUCGCUAAGCCCGUGAGACCAAAGCAGCUUCCAGUCUGCUCUCCCACCAACCCCUUCUACACGCGCCCCAACGAGCCCUCCAACACAUACAGCAACGCCCUCUUCCAGAGCUCCCUGUCAGGACAGCCCUCCUCCCCUGUACCCAGCUCCGUCCAGACCAACACAGUUUCCACAGCGCUGGGCUACAGAGCAGCCAGACCCACAGACAUACUGGAAUCCUACCCACUCAACAUAGACAAUGGAAAUGCCAGAGAUAUCAAUGACAACAGAAGUGAUGCAACGUGUGGCAGCGAGGUGGACGAUCCUAACAGACUGUACAUCAUUCAGCAGGAGACCGCAGCAAGUUAGUGCCAUGAUGACCUACCACUGUACUGGAGGAUCUGCACCCUCUCCCUGGACCUGCAUGCACCCUCCUCAUCUCACAGCCCCGCCAGCACCACACACAGCCCUGUAGCCCCCACUACACACACACACACACACACACACACACACACACUAAGAAAACACACACACACACCUCCCCCCUGGGAUUAGAACUCACAGUGUAAAUAGUCAACUCUAGAAGAGGUCUCGACCGCCACUGUUUCUGUGUAUGUACACGGCCUUCUAUUGUGGCAUUAUACGGCAUUGCAAAGAUGAUAUGGCGCUUUCAUAACUACGUCCCUGCCACAUAUCUUUCAAAUGUUAUGCCAGCUUAUAACAAAGUUCCUCACUCUCUGCAUGUUGCUCAGCUAACUAGCCAUAGCAUAAAUCUUUGCAUGUGUCCUGAUGACUAGCUAUAAACUGGCAUAAACUUCACCAUACAGCAGUCUCAUCUCUGUGAUGUCAUCAGGGAAAACAGCCGGUAGUCUAUACCCAGGUUCAAUGUAUAGUAUAACAUAUAUAUAUAACCUGGGUCUAAACCACACUGCAGUCUCAUCUCUGUGGUGUCAAACAGAAGGUUGGUCUGUAGAGUUACGAUCAUAAUAGUAUUAUUAUUAUUAUUAUUAUCAUAAUAGUUGUUAUUCUCAGUCUGUAUCCCCCCUGCUGUCUCAUCUCUGAUGUCAUCACACAGACAGAGCUGCCUGCUCAGCAUUGACUGUAAGCCAGGUGACACGCCCGUUAUCAGAGUCUUCGGAGCCAUGCCAACAGCUGAGAUCACAUGAUCAUCAUGAACAUGAUGUCAUGUCCUACAUGUGUACCCGUGUACCUACUACCUCUCGUAUGGAGUCAACUCAGAAGUUGCUGCAUCAUCCUUUCCUAAAAACACAACCCCAUGUUUAGUAGAUGAUUCGAAUAGAGAGCAGCAGGUACAGGACACUGUCCAAUAUGAUGAACCACUGAGCCCAAACUGCAUUUGAACCUUCUCUGUGACAUCGACUCAAGACAGACAUGUCACACAGCACUCAGUAAGUAACAGUGUCAUGUGAUCUCGACCAUGACUCACACACGCCUGGUCCUCACAGUCACAAUUAACAUUCAAAAUGAUGGUCUACCAAGGUUAGCCAAUCAGAUAUGUGGUCACCAAGGCUAUAGCCAAUCAAUGAAGGCCUGUAUUGUUACCCAAGGUCCUGCUGUGUAUUCUCUUUCGGGAUCCUGAUCAGCCAAUCAGGACAGAGAAAAGCAUCCCUUCCUAAGGUAUUGAAUGGCAGGCCUUCAAGAUUGGCUAGAGUUGAAACCAGGUCCAGGGGUGUGUUCAGGAGGUUGCAGGGUAACAGAGUGUUCAGACAGUCAGAUGAUCAGAUCUACAGGCCUCUCUACCAAGUGGUAUCACGAUCAGCUUUGUUUCCUGACUGAUUACGGAACCUUGUAGAACACUACACCUUCCUGAACACACCCCAGAUCCACACCCACUAAUAUCCCAGGUCUGGUACUUACAGCUUCUCAGGAUCUCAUUGGUAUCAGUGUGUUCAUGGGUCCCCCAGUGUCUCUCUGACCUGAUAGUGUAUGGAUGGGAUGUUGUUAUCAUUGUCACAGUCUUAUAACAUCUCUUGAACCAGUAAAUGUCAAUCCUUCCCUGCCUGAUCAGUACCUAUGGCAAGUCCCUCAAUUAGAGGCCACCACAUGUAACCACUUUAAACAUGUACUAUAGCCUCACCCCCUUCUGUCUGACUUUAGCUUCAGUGAAACGUAUGUGAUUAUUAUAUUGUUAAACUUGUAAGUAUAUCAUUGCACCAUAUGUAGUAAUAUUAAGAGAAGAAGGUGCACAUUAUAACUUUGCUAAGAGAAUCAUCGUGGUUUAUCGGGUGUGAGUUGUUUCUGAGGGUUGAAGUAGUCUUAGAGACGCGUGUAUCAUAGGGAACAUGCAUCUUUCUGUGUACUGUACAUACAUACGAUAAUGUUUGUGAACCAUUGUGUCGUAGUUGCAGUUAAUAAAAUCCUUCUAGAAACAUGUUCAUUAAAGACAAUCUU